AUAUGGUAAGCCCAGCCUUUUUUACUUGACUAGGGUUUCCUCUUACUAUAAGUCAAGAAAAGGUUAGUCGCCACUUCUUCUCGUUUAGCUUCGCUCCUCCCCAGCUGCAUAACUCACGACUUCAAGAUGCCGUCCCACAAGUCGUUUAUGAUAAAGAAGAAGCUGGCCAAGAAGAUGAGGCAAAACAGGCCUAUUCCCCACUGGAUUCGUCUUCGUACCGACAACACUAUCAGGUACAAUGCCAAGCGCAGGCACUGGCGCAGAACCAAGCUCGGAUUCUAAGUGAAAGCUCAAGACUGUUUGUCUUCUGUUCGAUUUAGCAUUUCCCCAAGUUUUCUUGAUUUUUGUUAUAAAACAUUUUCACAUGUCUGUAAGACUUUUGAUGUUACCAAAUUUUAUCUUUAUAAGAGCUACUUCUUAGCGCUUGCAGUUA